CAGAGAAACGUCAUUCACAAGAAUCCACAAAAGAUUAACAGACGAGAGAAACUAUUUUGUUAUCAUCAUCAAUGGUGGAAGCAAAGAAUCAAGAAGACAUGAGUGAUGUAAUGCAAUGCAUAAACCAUCCCUUCACAAAGAACCCAGGUGGGAUCUGUCCUCUCUGUCUCCAAGAAAAGCUCGGAAAACUCGUCACUUCCUCUUUCCCUCUCCCUAACCACCUCUCUUCCCCUCCUUCCACUUCCUCUCCUUCCUUCAGAUCUGACUCUGUUCGUAGCUCCACCGUCUCCGCCGCAAAUCUCUCCCUCUCCGUCGCCGGCGCCAGUAAUAAUGUCACUGACAUUAACAACAAGAACAAGCUUCCGUUUUUGCUAGCGAACAAGAAGAAGAAGAUGGCGAAUAUCGUCUACAAGAGAAGCCAGUCCACGACGGCGUACGGUGGUUCCGAUUUGACGCCGAGAAAGAGGAACGGGUUUUGGUCUUUUUUGCAUAUACACUCUUACAAACAACAUAGCAGCAAGAAACUCGGAAAUUUUCAGACAAAACAUGCUGAAAACACUUUGUCGGAAACAGAGACAAGAACGGUCGGGUCUUCAGAGAGAGUGAACAGAGGUGGAAGUGUGAUUGUAGAGGAAGAUGCGGUUACAGCAACGACAGUGAGAGAGAGCGAGAGGAGAGUGUCGAGAUCGAGAUCUGUCGGGUGUGGAAGCAGAAGCUUCUCUGGGGAGUUCUUUGAGAGGAUCACACAUGGGUUUGGAGAUUGUACUUUGAGAAGAGUUGAGUCACAAAGAGAAGGUAAUAAUAACAACAACAACAAAGGUAAAGUUAGUAGUGAUAGUAGUAAUGUUUGUGUGAGGGAACAGAUUGUGAGAUGUGGUGGGAUCUUUAGUGGGUUUAUGAUAAUGACUCCAUCAUCAUCUUCAUCCUCAUCAUCAUCAUCAGCUGAACAACAUCAUCAUCAAAACAUGGCUUAUGGUGGGAGGAACAGAAGCUGGGGAUGGGCAUUUGCAAGUCCAAUGAGAGCUUUUGGUUCUUCUUCUUCCUCUGGUAAAAGAGGAAGAACAAUUUCAGAUUCUACAAGCAAGAACACAACUCCAAACUUGGAUGCAAUUCCUUCAUUGUUGGCUGUGUGAACCUGAACUGGAAGACUUUAUAAUAAGUGUUUUUUUUUAAUCUUAAACAAGAAAGAAGAUACAUUAAAGCUAGUUUCAUGUUUUCAUCAUUGUAGGUGUUCUUGAACAUUGGUUGAUGAGUGAUCUUUUUCAUAUUCUAGUAGUAUUGUAAUGUUGCAC